AUGUCUACACCCCCGCUGUCGAGCAGCAGCUCGUCGGCGAGCACGCCGUCGCCCAAGUCGGAGCCAUUCCAGCUUAACGCUGACGAGUCCCUCGAGCUCCUGCUGCAGGCCAUCUCAAACCACGGCCAGAACGUCGAUGCGUCUGGCUCUCCAGAUGGAUCGCAAGUGAAUACUCCUCCAGAUCUCGGGAGCCUUUCUACAUGGGCGAACGGUGGCAACGCGAAUGGGAAGCUUGACUUCGGGGACUUCAAUUUCUCCCUGCCCAUGGACCUUGACUUUGACCAGAACAUGGCGAUCGACCCGAAUUCGCUGCAUUUCGAUUCAAUCUUUGACACAAAUACUCUGUCUUUGCCAGAUGGCACCUCGUUCCUCAUGCCUCCGCAGGCCGACAUGUCUGCGGACUUGGUCUAUCCUACGUCAGACGACAUGAGUUGGAUGCCGCAGUCCCAUAUCCAACCUGAUACUGGUCGACGCUUGAGUGUCACCUCCUCGUCCUCCUCGUCUGUAUCUGCCGCCUCGCUCUCCCCCGUUUCUGAGCCAGCUUCUGUCAGCAGCUCGCCGCCAAGCGACAGUUGCCUUAGUGAUCCUGCGCAGGAGCUGGCGGACAAGGUCAGGCAAAUGGCUGGUGUUACAUGGGCCGUGCCUGUGAGUGCGCAGGUGCAGCAAAUGGCCGCCGCUGCGCUCUGCUAUGCAGGCGGCCAGGCCAAGCUUCCGAUCCCCCGUCUUCCUCGUCCCAGUCCCGCGGUGAUGAUCAAGAACAGCCCGAAGACGCCUCCCACCUCGGAGUUUGCCUCCUCGCCUAAGAGUGAGGGGUCUUCAGAAGGUUCUACGCCGCCUCCCGUGCAGUCUGUGAUCGGCCGUCCCAAGACCAGCCAUACAACGAUUGAGCGUCGGUAUCGCACAAACCUGAACGCCCGGAUAACCGGUCUGAAGCAGGCGGUCCCUGCGCUUCGAGUACUGGAGGCCAAGGUGAAUGCCCAGGAGAACCCUUACGGAGACGUGGUCGAUUCCAGGGGUUUCGUCGACGGUGUGAAAGUUGCCAGAAAGAUGAGUAAGGCGAAUGUGCUAGGCAAGGCGGCUGAGUACAUCAAGGUGCUCAAGAAGCGUGAAGCGCGCCUCAAGCGAGAGCAGGACGGGCUCAAGUCACUUGUGUCCGGUCUCGUCGGCGGCCCGGCACUGCUCAAGGAGUGGGAGCGCGAAUGGCGGGAGCGCUUCGGAGGAGAGGAGAAGGACGAGCUCCAGGAAGAAGGGGCAGCUGCAGCGAGCGACGACGAAGACGGGGACGGUGAAGACAGUGAUGGGGAGGACGGCGAGGACGGCCGUGCACGCAAGAAGCCGAAGGUCGCAAAGCCGGUCAAGAAGGAGAAGCCGUCAAAGCCUGCGGCCAUGCCCCAGUCUGCUGUAUUGCCAGUUUCUGGUGUUGCACCGGAGAAGAGGAAGCGUGGACGGCCACGCAAGGUACCUCUCCCGCCUGUCUCAGCUGCACCAACACCAUUGGCGCCUGCAGCACCCGCACAGCCUGCACCGGCGACUGCACCACCAAUUUUCCCAGUGGACACGCAGAUGCAGGACAACCUUGUGCAGACUCAGUCAGACAACAACGCGCAACAGGCGCCCGCGCAGCAGUAUCUGCUUGCGGUGUUCGCAUUCUUCUCUGUCUUCAACUCCCCGCUUGCAUCGUCACGCUCCCAAGCUUACCCUGCGCACCCGCAUGCGCAUCAUGGGCAGGUCCUCACUCCACAUGUACCGCCGCACUCGGAGGCACCGCCCGUCGUGCCGGCGUCCUCGUUUGAUAUUGGCGCAUUUGGAUGGUACGAGGCUGUGCAGGCAGCGCAUCUAUUGGUGUCCACGCUCGUGUUUUUCUACGUCCUCGUUCCGUGGCUCUCUGGCACUCUUCGGCGUUUCAGGGGCCGCACCGCUCUGUCGCAGUUUCUCGCGCGGGCACGCGCGACAUGCAUGCCGUCUUCGAUGCCGGACCCACACGCACUUGCGGAUGGCGCACGGAUUGUCAAGCCACGGGCGCACCACCAGGCCGCGCUGAUGGACUCGCUUGUGGAUGCGCUCGACCCUGCGCACCGUGGCUCGGCCGACGAGGCUGUCAAGCUGCGCAGGGCUCUGGGUGUGAUGGACGGCUUUGUGGGAUUGAUGCAGGGCGUGAUCAAGGCGGGGCGCGUUGAUCGUGGAAUCGAGUUGAACCAGCUCGAGCAAAGAGCGUGGGUGCGAUUGGGCGAGCUGGUUGCCUUCAAUGAUCAAGUCGGCAAAGCCACUCGGCUGCAGACCUACUGGUGCAUGUCCUGGCAUAUUUCGACCUUUGCCGCGCAGACGAAGGACUUGGCAACGCUUGCGCUUAUCAUGCGCCCCGUGUCCACCACGAAAGCCGCCGCACUCUGGGAGGCUGCUCGCAAGCCCGAAGUCAUCCGUCCAUACGAGAAGAUUGUACUCGACAAUAUGAGCGUCGACGACGCAGCCGAGUGGCUUGCGAAGUGGCAGCGCUGGCACGAGACGGAGCGCAAAGGACGCUGUGCCGCGUGCGAGAAGCGCACUCCGCUGGGCGUCCUUGCUGCGAUCCUCAUCCGGGCUCGUCUGCGUAAGCACGCGGCAGCACUCUUCGUCCGUACCGUUGUGCGCGAUGAAGUCCGCGCCGCGGCGUCCGGCGAUUGUGUGGGCGACAGCGACGCAUACAUCUACGACGCCGAGAAGGACUUGUGCGAGGAGCACGAGCGCAGGGAGACCGUCGAGGCCGGCAAGUCGAUUGGCGGGCGCACGGCGGAGCUUGCGGUGCUUCUCGAGCGCAUCUGGCACACGGGUUUCUUCACGCACGAAGACGUGCUGCUGCCUCCGUCGCCGACGGGCGCGGGCGGGCGGGACGAGGACGUGGACUGCGAGGACAUGCACGACCUCGCGAGCACGGACGAGGCGGAGAUCCGGGCGCUGCUGAGCGCGACGAUCAUCUACCGACGCAUCUUCCCCUCGUCGUUCCCCGCGUGCGCGACGUCGGUCGCGUUCAUACUCUCGCCGCCGCCAUCGCCCUCGCAGAGAAACGCAGCGCUGCACAUGGCGCUGCGCACGUCGUUGGGCUCGCCAGCGUUUGAAUACGGCAGCGGCGGCAAGCUCGAGGACGAAGAGCUUACCAACGCGCUCGAGGAGGCGCGGGACCGCGUGAACGAUAUGCUCGUCGAACUAGAAAAAUCAUGUCGGCGGGCGGUGCGCCACCCGGUGCCCGUCCACACGAGCCACUAG